AAUUAUUCCAAAAAAUAAAAGGUAAAAAACCCACAUAAAAAAAAAGUCGAAAAGAGGAGUAGAGUCAUAAAAAGGUUUUAAGCGAAGUGAUGAUGAAACGCAAGCGAGGCCGUCCCAGAAAGAUUCAUUCCAAUAAUCUAGAUGAAGAAAUAGUGAAUGGAAAUGAUAAUUUACCAGAGUUCUUCAAGAUUUACAUGUCAGCUUUGAGUUCCAAAUUGCUGAGAAUUCCUCCUGAUUUUAUUGAGAAAUUUGGUGGGAAUAUUCCCACCACGUGUACCAUAGAGAGGCAGCCACGUGGAGUCUCUUGGCAAGUUGAGCUCAAUAGGGUGAAUGAUGGAUGGUUUUUCCAAAAGGGUUGGCCUAAUUUUGUGGAAGAUAAUUUGCUAAGAGAGGGUGAUUUUCUCACAUUUUGCUAUCAUGGUAAAUCCCUAUUUUAUGUCAAGAUAUUCUCACCAAAUGGCUGUGAAAAAGAAGGAGCUAGCAGCAGCAGGCUUGAUGAAUCUUCUCCAUCUGUCAAAAUAUGUGCAGACACUUAUGAGACGAAGCGGAAGCAUCGGCGGCGAAUUUCAUCAAGAUGGGGAAGUUCAGUGGCAUAUAUCAAUGGAAACCCUAGUUUCUCAAUUGUGCUAAUGAAGACACACAUAAAAAGCCGGGCUAUGUGUAUACCGACGCCGUUUUGGAGUGCACACAUGAAAACGAUUAUAACAUCAAGAAAGGAGGCUACUCUUUGGGUGGAAAAUAAAGCAUGGAAUGUGGGAAUUGUGUAUUAUGAUAAUAAAGUUCUAUUUCAAAAAGGUUGUGCCCAAUUUUUCAAAGAUAAUUCUAUCAAAGUUGGGACUUCAUGCACUUUUCAACUCAUCGAUCCGGACCAAUUUUCUUUCAGAGUCACGUCUCGUAUCGACAAUUAGGUCGGGUUUAAGUGGUAAAGAUGAGACAUUCUAAAAUUUCGGAUCAGAGAUCUUUUGUUUGAGUCUCGCUGAAGUAUGAUUGUCUUUCCGUUUAUUUGGAUAUGACAUGGUUUGUAUUGAUUUGAUUAUUGAGAGUUAUGUUUUCUAAAUCACUCUCUCAAUUAAUGGAUCCUUUUAUAUAUUACUAUUGU